AUGUCUUCUGAUCCAUCGACGUCUUCUUCUUCUUCUUCUUCCGCAUCUGAAACCGUUCCGAAUUCCACGUGCAAAGUGUGCGAGCUGCCGGCUCAUGGAGUCCACUUUGGAGUGCAGAGCUGUCGGGCGUGUGCCGCCUUCUUCAGGUUACUCUAACUCGAAUACAGAUUUUAAUCAAAGCGUUUGCAGAAGGACAAUAGUGAUGGCUCGAACCAAAAAGUACAAGUGCAGAGGGGGCCACAACACUUGCUCUGUGAGCACAAACGAGAGGUUUGCUCUUUUUGCAAGAUCUGACACGUGUGUUUUUUUUCAGAUAUCACUGCAGAUUAUGCCGCUACAAUAAGUGUGUCUUACUCGGAAUGACCUCAGAAAGUGAGUGCUAUCACGUGUGAUAAGAGGGCGUAAACCAAUUUAGAUGUCCAAUGGAAUCGCGACUCUUUCCCAGCCGUCAGGAAGAGAAAGAAUAAUAAGAAGGGGGAGGAGGAAGAAGACGGAGAAGGAGAAGAAGAAGAAGAAGAAGAAGAAGAAGAAGAAGAAGAAGAGGAAGAGCACAAAGUGCCUGCAAAAGUGAGCACAUGACUAUGGAGAGAGCAGUUUUGAAUGAAGUGAGAAUUCAGAGACCACGUUGGGAUCCUACGAACUUGAUGAUUACAAAACCGAAAAGAGUUGUGGAUGUGACGUUGUUGGCCACCAAGAUUCAGAAGAUUCUUAAUGAUGUAUGUAGUGUGAGAGACAUUUCGCAACCGAAUGCUUUAGAAAAAGAUGUGUGAAGAUCCGAAACUGAAAAAGAUGAACAAUUUGGAGAAGCUGGAUCACGCGCUGAACGAGUGGAGAGCACAGCAAAGGCCCGAAGAGGAAAUGAAGGUUUUCCACGAUUACACAUCACCUUAAAUUCAUUCUCUUCCAGGAAAUUACUGACUUAUCAGUCAAAGAUUUGUUCACGAUUUUCGAGGAUCAAAUGCUCGUCGUCGCCACGUGGCUCGCCCAUUCUCCCCAUUUCAAACAGCUCGAGCCAGUCGAUAGGUUCCAAGUGUUUAAAGUGAUUUGGAAUGUGUGGAGACGUUUCGAGAGGGUCGAAAUGUCGGUGAAACUGUUUGGAAAGAGUACGAGCGGUGUGAGAGUAAGCGAAAGAAUACGAUUAAUGUCAAGUUUCAAUGUUUCAGAAGUUUGCAAUAUCUGAGAAGCACUACGUAACUCCUCAGUUCAUGGUCGACUUCUCAAAGAUCUCCGAUCUUCCGACGGCGUUCAUCGGCGGAAUAUUUCGGGAUUCAAUGAGAAAAAUGUUCAAAUUGGUGGCUGUUCCGUUGUUGAGAAUGGAGCCAACAUCUAUCGAGACGACUUAUAUGUUGAGCCAACUGACGUGGCAAAUGGCAGGUAUGCACGUUUGAUAAUAUAUACUCGAUAAUAUCAUGCGGUUUCAGGUCAAGCACUCCAGGGAAACGUGAUGGAAAUGGCGGAAAAAGUGCAGGAGGAGCUGGCCGACGACCUUCACCACCAUUAUUUGAAAAUAAAACGACGCUCGAACUACGCGAGCCGGCUCGUUCAACUGAUGAGCAUUGUGAACUCGGUCAAGAAAAUACAUAUGGAGAGGAAAAUGACGAUGGAGUUGGCGAACGUGUUCGAUGUUUUCAAUGUUGAACUGUCUGACCCUGAAAUUUAUGAUUCGUGA